AUGGUUUCAAUUUCGGACCUCGAAAUAAUGUUCAACAUUGUCGCUGCUAACAACGGACACCCACCACUGACCAAUACACAGAACAUAAGGUCACCGCCGCCAACACUAUUGCAUAACAGGGCUGCCAUACCCUUAGCCAGACGCAACCGAAGACUGGCGCAGAGGCUUCGACCUGGUGCCAUCCUGAGCGCUCCCACAAGCCCACCUCCCCCGCCAUACACUCGUCUGCCACCGGUUCACUGUCCUAUCAGAGCACAAGACUUGCAACAAGUCCUCAGGCUCCAAGGAGGCAAGACCUACUCCACCGACAGCACCGGAGCAAGGAUCCUGGAAGAAGUCGUCCGCCUGCGCCGCGCUAUCCUACCCAACCACGGUACCGGCGUCCAGACUCAGCGGUGUGUCGUCGCUCUGCGACACCUGCCCAGCAUGCCGGCUGCUCUCUCCCUCAAUGCCUUCCUCUACAACGCCUCACUCCUCCUCGAGGCCUAUCCCACAAGUCGCAUCAGCACUAAAUAUUCUCUGCCACGCCUGCCCAAUCCUCGCUCACAGGCACAGCAACAGAAGGCCGCAACCGCAUCUGCAGCACAGACAUCCACCACCGCUACCACAAGCAACAAUGCCACCACAACCGCAGUAGCAGAAGAGACAAAGAAGCAACAGCGUGAGCGCAAAGAGCCCUCCGCAACCCUCACCGUCAAGGUCUACCACGCACAAUCCGGCAUCUGCCUCAAGUACUCGACAGACAAGUCGCAGGAAGUUGGGCGGUUGAUCACAUCACUCGGCAGGCUGGCCAGAGGAGAAAAGUUCGACAAGCCUAAGGCGGCACCUGCUGCUGGUGGCGCAGAUGGAGGAGAUCAAGACAAGAUGGACGUCGACUCUGGACCACAGGUAGUGCCAAAGGAUGGCGAUAGUGUUGUGGUGGGCAAGCCCAGCAGCCAGGCGACACAACAGCAACAGCAAGGCGGAGGUGAGAAGAAGGGCAGGGGCAGACCCAAGGGCAAGGGCAAGCGGUAG